AUGAGCCAUAUUGAUGGAUAUAACAUGAUGGUGGUUUCUCAGUAUUUUACCUCAAUAAACGACUUUAUUAUGCUUGAAUUCGUAAAUAAGAAAUACAGAUUUAACACCGAAAAGUUCCACACCAAUCCAAUCCCAAUUAAUUAUAAAACAAUAAAAUACUUUCCAAAAAUUGAAACGUUAAACAUUUGGUCGAUUUUAGAUGAAACGUUUGGAAAUAAUAUAUUUCAAAAUCAACAGAUAUACUUAUCCCCCAAAUUUGAUUUUUUCAGAAUUAAUGUGUGGUUCGAAGUGAAUUACACAUCAACACAAACAUGCAAAAACACAAACGUUUCAUUCAAAAAUGUGAUAUACACAACAACAGAUGGUGAAAAAUAUGGAAAAAAAAUCCCAAACAACAUCAAAAAAAUCGGAGACAAUUAUUUUAAAUUGGUACAUUUUACUUCAUUUCAAAUUUCUCAAAAUGUCACUUCGUUGGGUGACAAUUGUUUUGAAGAGUGCAAUUUGAAAUUAUUAAAACUUCCAUGUAACGUCUAUAUACUUGGAAAAAACUGUUUUUUGAAUUGUAGAAAACUUGAAGCCAUUGAAUCUCUUACGUUUGUCACAGAAAUUGGAGAAAACUGUUUUUGCAAUUGCAAACAUUUAUCAUCAGUAAAAUUCACUGAAAAUUUGUGUAAUUUGCCAAAUUCGUGUUUUGAGUGUUGCAAAAAUUUACAGGAAAUUGCCGUUCCUUCACGUUUACAUGCAAUUGAUGAUAAAUUGAAAUUUAAUAAUUCAAUACAAGAUAAUAAGAAGUGUUGUAUUGGAGAUAAAGCUUUCAGAUAUUGUGUCAGUUUAAAAUGGUUUGAAAUUCGAGGGGAUGUCGAUGAAAUUGGCGACAAGUGUUUUCAAUAUUGUGAUGUUUUGAGUCAUCUAGAAAUACCAAGUAGUGUUUCAAAAUUGGGAAAUUAUUGUUUUAAUGGGUGCAAUUCGUUGAGUACUUUGAAACUGCCAGUAAAGUUGUUGAUAAUCCCACAAAUGUGUUUUGGGGAAUGUCAAAAAUUACAAACAAUUUGUGUACCAUAUGGUGUGACUAGUAUUGGUUGUUACUGUUUUAAUGAAUGUAUAACAUUACAAAGUGUUGUGAUUUCAGAAAGUGUGUGCCAUAUUGGAGAGGGCGCUUUUUGUCAUUGUGAAAGUUUAAAAACAAUAAAAAUACCAAGUCUUAUCAAGGAAAUCACUUCUGGGUGUUUUAAAGGAUGUCUUUCACUUGAUGUUGUGGUGCCCAAUACAAUAAUUACUGUUCAGAAAAACAGUUUUAAAAAUUGCAGAAGUGUCACUUACCAAAAUAGUAAAUUAUUUUAA